AUGGACGAGGCUGUUUUAAAACACCUCCAGCGCGUGCCAAAUUUGGAACAAGUGGUUGUCCGGAAAAACGACGGCAUAAAAGAGAAGCUGGAUGUUUUGCUGUCCAAAUGCGAGCAGACACCGGCAAAUAUCGUGCUGAUGGCAGAGAAUGAAGGAAUACAAAAACUGCUUACAAUCGUGGAAAUCAUGAAAAGAAAACACCCAACUCAUCAGCAAUUCAACAAGCUUACCUACAGGGAAAAGUCUAGAGAGGCCUCCGGGCCGCAGGACGAACUGCGGCUGCAAAAACCUAUAAAAAUGCCUAUUCUUUACAUCUACCUCCACAUCGGCACAGACGACUCGAAAACUAUAGAUAUGGACGAAUUGAAGUCCCAGCUCGCAGACGCCGACUGGUCGUGCCAGUCUAGCUCAAAUUAA